AUGCUUCAUUUCCCCGUGGGUCGCAGCGAGGACGCGUUCAGCAUAUUAGUGGCGACGGACAACCACCUGGGUUUCAUGGAGAAGGACGAUGUGCGCCGCCAUGACUCCUUCACCGCCUUUGAGGAGAUCUGCAAGCUCGCCCAUCGUUCAGUUAGACUUGUCUCUAUGUGUGCUCACGUGCACGUGUGUCCUGGUAUGCAUGUGACCGCGCAGGUGGAUUUCCUGCUGCUGGGCGGGGAUCUGUUUCACGACAACAAGCCGUCGCGCGCCACGCUGGUGCGCACAAUCGACAUUCUGCGCCGCUACUGCCUCAGCGACAACCCCGUGCGCUUCCAAGUCGUCAGCGACCAAACGCUCAACUUCCCCAACUCGUUCGGGCAUGUGAACUACGAGGACGAGCACUACAACGUGGGCAUGCCCGUCUUCACCGUGCAUGGCAACCAUGACGACCCUGCCGGCAUUGACAACCUAUCAGCAGUAGACAUCCUGUCAUCGUGCAAUCUGGUGAACUACUUUGGCAAGUCCAACAUGCCCGAGCAUGACGCCGCUCACAUCACCCUGCACCCCGUGCUGCUGCGCAAGGGCGCGAACCGCAUAGCGCUGUACGGGCUGGGGUACAUGCGGGAUGAGCGGCUCAAGAUGAUCAUGGAUAACCCACAGGGGCUGCAGUGGAUCCGACCAGACGAGCCGGGCACGAGUGAGGACGACUGGUUCAAUAUCCUCGUCGUGCACCAGAACAGGGCAGUGCGCAUGACAGGGACAAAGAAGGUGGUGACGGUGGACGAGUCAGGGUUCGCAUCCUUCCUGGACCUGGUCGUGUGGGGCCACGAGCACGAGUGCCGCAUUGAGCCCGAGCAACCAGCGCGGGCGAGGUAUUUCAUAUCGCAGCCGGGGUCAUCGGUGGUCACGCAGCUGGCAGAGGGCGAGGCCAAGCCAAAACACGUACUGCACCUGCGCGUCCAGGGAAACAAUUUUAAGACACAAAACAUCGCCCUCACCACUCCACGCCCGUUCGAAUAUGCCGAGGUGGCGUUGAGGGACGCGCAGGCCCAGGGUGUGAACGCCAGGGACCCCGAGGAGCUGGCGCUCUUCCUCUCCAACACUGUGCAGCGCAUGAUAGCCAAGGCAGAGAGCAGCUACAGGGAGAGGCGAGCAGCACAGCUGCCAGAGGGGCUGCUGGAGGGGGGCGGCAGUGGGGGGGCCAGGGAGGGGCCGGUGCCGCUGCCACUCAUACGCAUCCGCGUGGACUACUCGGGUUUCUCCACCAUCAACUCGCAGCGCUUUGGGCAGCAGUUCGUGGGCAAGGUGGGUGCAAUGUGGAACACGGUGGGGCAAGGUGGGUGCAAUGUGGAACACGGUGGGGCAAGGAAGCCCGCCACCAGCGUGGUGGAGGUGGGCGAGGAGAGGGUGGUGCAGCCGGACGAGCUGAAUCAGAGCAACAUCGAGCAGCUGCUCAGAGACAGCAACGUGGGCAGCAUGGGAUGGUCCUGCUGUCCGCAUGCCGCCUCACUCCUCCAUGUGCUCACGUGCCCCUCUCCCUAUUCCAUGUGCUCACGUGCCCCUCUCCCUCCUCCAUCGCUCUACUCCCUUCGCCUCCUCCAUCCUCUCCCCCUCCUCACCUCCCGCCCCUAUCUCUCACCUCUACACCCCCUCCUCUUCCCCCACACACCUCCCCCCCUUCCCGCUUCCAAGAAACUGGAGGUGUUAUCGCUGGGGGGCCUGGCGGAGGCGCUGCAUGGGUUUGUGGGGCGAGAUGAGAAGCACGCCUUCUCCUCCUUCCUCUCCUCUGCUCUCUCCGACACGCAGGUAGGCAUGGCUGGUGAAGGAGCAGGAGGGCGCGGGGGUGAGGGACGACGAGGACAUUCUGCGACUCGUGGAGCAGCGCGUGCUGCAGGUGGGGGAGGGGAGCAGCGCGUGCUGCAGGUGGGGGAGGGGAGCAGCGCGUGCUGCAGGUGGGGGAGGGGAGCAGCGCGUGCUGCAGGUGGGGGAGGGGAGCAGCGCGUGCUGCAGGACAUGGAGAAGCGGGGCAGUGCGGCGGCGCCUGGCCAUGGCGCUGCCGAUGCAGGAGCAGCGCAGCCGAUGCCCGAUGUGAGUGCAGUGGACAUGGACGCGCCCAAGCAGGGGGGGGCGCACUGGGGGGGCGAGGGGGAAGACAGGGACGGGGCAAACGAAGGGGACGAGUGGGAGGAUGACGAGUGGGAGCAGGGGAGCAAGGGCAGAGGGGGGAAGGGGCGGGGAGGCAGGGGGAGAGGGAGAGGCAGUGCGAAAGGGGCGGCUGGUGAUGGGGUGUCGUUACGAGGGGGGCGAGGGGGGAGGGGGAGGGGGGCCAGCAGCAAAGGGGGAGCGGGGGGGAGGGGAAUGAAGCAGGCGACGUUUGAGAGCAUGGGGCUGCGAGGCAGGUGCGAUGGGAGGCAGACAGGGCAUGUGGUGCGAUGGGAGGCAGACAGGGCAUGUGGUGCGAUGGGAGGCAGACAGGGCAUGUGGUGGGAUGGGAGGCAGACAGGGCAUGUGGUGGGAUGGGAGGCAGACAGGGCAUGUGGUGGGAUGGGAGGCAGACAGGGCAUGUGGUGGGAUGGGAGGCAGACAGGGCAUGUGGUGGGAUGGGAGGCAGACAGGGCAUGUGGUGGGAUGGGAGGCAGACAGGGCAUGUGGUGGGAUGGGGGGACAGCAGCAGCAGCGACAGCAGCAGGCGGGAGGGCGGCAGCGAGUGUGGGCAGCACGAGGGUGCAGGUGGAGGAGGAGGAGGAGGAGGAGGAGGACGACGAUACGGGCGCUCAUGGCGCUCAGGGCGCUCAUGGCAUGAUGGGUGCGCCACGUGGGGCUGAUGGCAUGACGGCAGGGCGUGGGGUGGGCGAUGACGAUAUGGGGGAGAAGGCAGAGGAAGAGGCGGCAGUGGGUGUGGGCUCCAGGCUUCACACCCUCACAACGUGGCAGCAGGUAUGGAAGAGCAAGGCAGUGAAGCCAAUCUGA